AACAUUCGUGUCUCCCGGACCUGCGGUUUUACAAGGAAUCACAUGCGCUUUAAGUGACUGAAAUUUUAUGUGACUGUAUUAGGCAUUGAGUCGGCCCAAAAGUAGUUUAAUCGUCUUACCGACAGGGCUAUUGUCACGUCGAAAUUGUGUUUGGUUGUGAAUAACUCACAGGGCGCAGCACAAUAUGAACUGCGCUAUGUUGUCCACCAUCAGCAUAGCAAAUACACCACGUGUGAUUCAACACUGGUCCUGAGCAUGGCAAGUUGAACUCGUGUUUUCUUUGUGCGUGUUAAAUGGAAGGAUGUGGAUGAAAGUUAUUAGGAAGGUGUGCUUAUGAUCAAUGAGUUUAAGGACAAAUUUCCAGCCUAACUUACAGCAUUCACCAUUACAUUAUGGAUUAACAUUAGGCCCAGAAGUGAGUGACUGUGGCAGCAGCAGAAAUCCACCUUAAAAUAGCCUAACGUUAAAACAGUAUACUUACAUUGCUAUACUAAUUUGGUUCGUGGAUACUGUUUGCUGGUUGGGAUGUAAGUUCUGCUGCGCCUGCUCUAGAAGAAUUUAACUCAGGUUGCGGUGAUGCACUCGAUAAUUUUCUACAAUGAUACAUGUGUUUUAAAUAUUUUACCCCUAUUUCUGCUUCUUCAUUACGUAGUUCGUCAUUAUUGUAACUGAUUCCACGAAGAAAUUAUGGUGAUACUGAAGUGCUGAAGUUGGUGAUAACAAGUAUACAACUCCCAUAAAUUAUGCUUUCUGUUCGUGGAGAACGUAAUCAAAAGUCUGCGUAAAUUCUGCAAAACAGUUGGUGUAUAUUAGACUACCCACAUGUGUGUGAAUACUUAAUAAACAGACAAUCUGUUUCCUUUUUAAAGAACAUUCUUAAAUAUAAAAAUGGGAAUGGCAUCAAAUAAUAAUAAUUUUCCAAGGGGUGGAAGGAAGCCUGCAAUUUCUGUGCCCAGGAAAGGACGUUUUGGAUUGUUUGGUAAACCAUCACAGAAUGGCUCUCACUUCAAGAAAACUGUGAAGAAGAGGGUCAAGAAGCAUGGAUUGAGUUCCCAAUUAAAAGUAACUCAUGCAGAACCAUUGACACGUAAGACCCUUUCAGAGGGCAUGCUGUUACUUGGCUGUGUUUGUGAGAUACAAGAGUACAAUAUUGUGGUGUCUCUGCCAGGCAGACUGGUAGGACAUGUUCCUGUUACCAAUAUAUCAGCACCUUACACGAAGUAUCUACAGGAUUUGGUGGAUGGAGUUGCUGUAGUGGAGAAAGUACCUCAACUGAAUGAAAUCUUUCAUGUAGGACAAGCUGUAGUGACUCGAGUGAUUGAAGUCAACCGACCAUCUGAGCAUGGUGCUAAGGUGACAUUGAGUUUGGUACCUGAUGUGGUGCAUUCUGAUUGGUCACUGCGAGCAGUGACAUCUGGCUCUGUUGUGAUAGCUGCUGUGAAGAGUCAAGAGGAAAAUGGCUAUGUCAUGGAUAUGGGCAUUAAAAAUGUUCGAGCUUUUCUCAAGAGAUCUGCUGCACUCAAGUACGAGAUCAUCUGGAACCAAGAGAGACCACUAGGAAUGGGCCAUCUGGUGAGGUGCUUGGUGACCAAGUCAAAUGUUACAUCUGUCACUGCAACAGUUGAACUAUCAGCUGACCCAGACCUAGUUACAAUGGCUGUAGCAGAUUUGGAAGAGAUGACUGUUGAUAUGUUACUUCCUGGAACCUUGUUGAAUGCAUCAGUCUCGAAGGUACUUAAGAAUGGACUCGAAGUAAAAUUUGGCCAACACUUUGUGGGAUAUGUCCAUAAGGACCAUCUCUCAGCACUGUGGGAUACGCCCCAAGAUUAUUCUACAGGAGAUGACAUUCUUGCCAGAGUUUUGUAUGUUCUGCCUACAGUGAAGCUCAUUUAUCUUUCUUUGAAGAAGGAACUUUUUGACCCAGAAGCAAUCAUUGCACUGUCUAAGUCUGUGAAAUUUGGAGACAUUGUCAAAAAAGCAAAGAUUGAACAUGUGGAUACUUGUGGAGUCACAAUAAGUAUAAAGAUGAAGACGCGUAGCCUCAAAGGGUUUGUAUCCAUUCACCAUUGCUCCAUCAACAGAUCUGAACCUGAUGACGGCAAAUCACUUAAAGAAAAAUUAAAUGAAAGACUUGCAGUUGGUACAUUUCAUAAAUGCAAAGUGCUUGGUUAUGAUUAUAUGUCACAAGUUUUCAUCUGUACCUUUGAUAAACGUAUUAUUAAGGCAAAGUUCUUGUACCCAAAAGAUCUGCAGCCUGGCACGAAGGUCUCAUGUCAGAUUAAGGAGCAUAUACAAACUGGUGCAUUUGUUACCAUUGAUGGAGGUGGCAAACCCCUCACAGGCUUUGUACGGUCCUUUCACUUGAGCAAUGUUCCCCUUCAACAUCCUGAAAAAAAAUAUCCGGUGGGAAGUCAGCAUUCUGCUCAAGUCCUUCUGGUACAGGGAAACAAGAUACAGCUAACACUUAAACCAGUGUUGCUGGUUUCGGAUAUACCUCCUUUGCAUAGGUUUGAAGAUGCACAGCCAGGAAUGUUGUGUGAAGGAGUGGUUGUAUUGAUUGUGAAGACUGGAUUGCUGCUUACAUUCUAUGGUGAUGUGAAAGGUUGGCUUGAACUUAGCAAGGCUGAUAGAAAGAAGAAAUAUUAUAUUGGCCAAGUGCUUCCAUGCUAUGUAAAAACAGUGAAUGUGAACGAUGGAAAGCUAACAUUGAGCUUAAAGGGAGAUUGUACAGAAGAUAAAGUUUCUAAGAAGAGGAAUCAAAUAUCUAAAGUAGGAAAAAUGUACAAAUUAAAUGUUACCAGUUGUACACAAGUAGCACUAGAAGUGGAGAGUAAUGCUGGAAGUGGCAUAAUACCUGCCCAGCACCUGACAGAUAAUCCAACUUUGGCCCAUUUGUUACUCAGUACAUAUGCACCUGGGGACAUUAUUGAUGUUGCAUUCUGCUUCAGUGAAAUAGAUGGUCUUGUCUUUACUGUGCGCCCUUCUCUUAUUGAGUACUUUCAGUCUAAGAGUGCAAUGAAGUUGUCAGAAGUUUGUGAAAAGAUGCUGCUUCCAUGUACUGUGAGAAGUAUUAUGCCCAAGAAAGUUACACUGCAGUUGCCAUUGUCUACAUGUAACCUGACACAUGUGAGGUUAAAGCGUUUAUGCAGUAUCCAUGUGAAUGAUGCAUCUGAGCUUAGGCUGGUAGAACACCAGGGUUUAAUAUCUCAGGUUGUAAACAUUGGUGGCCCUGAUAAACUCAUACAUGUAACCACCAAACUUUCUGACUGCUGGGACUACAGUACAGAGGCAUGUGUUUCUCUUCUGCGCAGCUUUUGGCGGGAUUAUGAUAAAAUUGCUGCACACAUGAAAGAACAGGGCAGUCCUUUGGCAAGUCUUGUACCUGGUGACCGAGUGAAAGGAGAAGUGGUAGCUGUCAAGGAGUGUGGUGCUGUGUUGAAGUUGGAAAGUGGUGUUCAAGGCAUAGCUACACCUAAAUUAUAUAAAGGUUCCUUAAAAUGUGGAGCUAAGGUGGAAGGGACAGUAUUGUUUGUAGAUUUUCAGAAUGGUUGUGUAGAAUUGACUCUCCACCAGGCCGUCAUGAAACGGAUUAACAGUAUCCAAGAUGGAGAACUUGAUGGUGAUUUGGGUGUUGGAAUGGGAGUACGAGCUGAGGUGUUGAGUGUGCGUGAAGAAGUGAUUGUGGCUGUUUUGAAGGGGGCUGGAAGGAAGCAGCUUGCAUACAUUCCAUCACGAUGUCACACGAAUGACUUGAAACCGGACUUAAGUCGAUAUAGAGUUGGUGAAACCAGCAAGAUGAUUGUGCAGGCUUUGGAAGGAGGAAGAAUUCUCUGUGUGCAGCAGAGAUUUGUAUUUCAACUAAAUAAAUUAAAAGCAAGAGCCAUGGUUGCAGCAGAAAGGAUGAAGGGAAAUGCUGAUAGAACUCAGAAAUAUGAUACGAGUAAUAGUGGUGAUGGAAUUAAAAAUUUAGACACAUUUGAACAUGAAGGGAAUGGAGUCUCAUACAGAGAACAAGAAGUGAAAGGAAGAAAGAAGAGAGAAAUUUAUGCAGGUGAAGGACGUGAUUCUUGUGAAGACACAGUAAAGGAAUGUCACAUUAUCCCUAAUGCUGGUGCAUCUGGAAGUGAACCAGAAAGUGAAGUGAAAUCGGAGAAGGAUUCUUCAGAUGAAGAUGAGGGAACCAUUUUGAAAAAACUGAAAGUUAAACCUAUGAAAAACAACUAUGCAAAUAAUACAUCAAAUGAAACACGGGAAAUGUCAUGUAAUUUAAAUGUUGAUGUUGCAAAAAGUAAGAAGAGACGAAUGUCUGCAGAGGAAAUUGUUGGAGAUACAGGUUGUGAAGGGAGUCAUAAUAAGAGGAUAAAAACAAGUUUGCAGAAUGAAGUGGUUAGAGAACCAAAGGGUGUACAUGCUGGUCAAGUAAGACGAUUGUCAUUGAAUGCAGGGUUUGUUUGGGAUGCAGACCCAUCUCUCCUUCCUGCAGCAACCACAGCUUACAAAUCUGAUACUUCAUCAGAUGAAGAAGAAGUACCUAAGCAUGAAGGUAAAUGGAAGAGGCUGACCCGAGCUGAACGUGUGGAGCGAGCGCGUCAGGAGGAGGAACGUCUUAGAGCUGAGGAACAGAAAUUGAUGGACUCAGAAACUGGACCACAGUCAGCUGAUGAUUUUGAUAGACUUGUUCUGUCUUCACCAAACAGCUCAUUGUGCUGGAUCAAGUACAUGGCAUUUCACCUUCAGGCCACAGAAAUAGAGAAAGCACGUGCCAUCGCUCAACGAGCAUUAAGUACGAUUUCAUUCCGUGAGGAGCAGGAAAAACUGAAUGUAUGGUGUGCAUUGCUUAACCUUGAGAAUCUUUAUGGUUCAAAAGAGAGCCUAGACCACGUUCUUGAUGAAGCUGUUCGAAUGAAUGACCCAUUCAAGGUCUACAUACAAAUGUUAAAAAUAUAUGCUGACAGUGGUAAAACUGAGGAAGCUGAAAAAUUAGUGUCUCUACUUACAAAGAAAUUCCGUGAGAGCAAAGAAGCAUGGCUGCAAGGAGGAGGCGUGCUUUUGAAACUGGGGAAGCUUGAGAAGUCUCGUUCAUUAAUGCAAAGGGCACUCGCUAGCCUGGAUAAAAAAUUACAUGUGGAAGUUAUAUCAAAGUUUGCACAUUUGGAGAACCAGCUAGGCGAACCAGAACGAGCACAGACUCUGAUGGAACAUAUCCUCACCUCAUAUCCAAAACGUGUUGAUAUUUGGAACAGCUAUGUGGAUAUGUUGGUGAAGAAUGGGCAGUUGGAAGCAUCUCGGCAAGUACUGGAACGUGGAGUGGCACAGAAAUUGCCUGCACGUAAGAUGAAAUCCCUUUUUGCCAAAUUUUUGCAAUUUGAAGAACAACAUGGUACACUUGAAGGUGUGGAAAAGGUGCGUCAGAUGGCCAUAAGUUAUGUGGAAGCAGCAGCUGGUCGGGUGGAAGAAGAUGAUGAUUAACAUGUGGGUGGAUACUGCAUUUGAAUUUGGCCUGCCUACAGCCCACAUGAGACAGAAAAGCUGUAAGGUGUAGUUAUUGCAAAAUGUUAUGGAAACGAAUUGAAAAGUGUACUCACAAAUAAAUAUUAAUUUUAUGUU